AUGGAUCACGGAGAUCUCACCUUCCGUACCGGGAGGCGGAUGUGCAUUGGGCGCAAUUUGGCGAUGUUUGAAAUGAAGAAGGCCCUCGCACGGAUGAUAAGGACCUUCAAGAUUAGUCCCACGAACCCUGACGAUGACCUGGAGCCUGACAUAAAGGAGGGGAACCGGCCAUACUAUAAUGCCAAGUUCAACUUUGUGAGACGCGAGAGAGUCGAUGGCAGAGCUGAAGCAUGA